AUGUCGAUAAAGAAAAAACAGAUUUCAUCGAGUCUUCAAUCUGCUCUACGUCUACGCUGUUCACGAUUCCGAUCGAUAUCUCCUAUAUCGACAUCGAUAUCGCCAAUACAGACACAGACACAAGUACGAAAAUCAUAUUAUCAUUCAACUUCACCUCCUGCCCCACCUACACGUAAAUGUCCAAAUUGUUCACGGAUUAUUCCAUUACCUUUAUCACCUUGUCCUGAAUGUUCUUUUUUAUUGACAUUACCUUCUAAUCUAUCCCAUCAUUCACUAUUAUACCUUUCUUCUCCAAUCCUGCCUCCCAAUGCAGCGAGUCCGAAGGGGACAGGGACAGGGACGGGGACAGGGUAUGAUAUCGUAGAUGAGUUGAGUCAUUUACCUGGUAAUGGAUUCGAUUUGGAUAAAAACGAUUUAAGAAGUAAAUGGGUAAGAAGACAAAGGGAAUUACAUCCAGAUAAAUUCACGUCAAAAGGAACGAAAGUAGUUGACCUAGCUAGAGAAUUAAGUGGCAGAGUCAAUGAAGCUUAUAAUGUAUUAGGAGAUGAAUUGAAGAGGACAGAAUAUCUAUUAUCAAUACACAACAGGGCGACGGACGAAACAGAUAAGCUAGACGAUCCAAUGAUGUUGGCAGAGAUCUUGGAAGCGAGAGAGGAAUUGGAAGAAGCGGAUAACGCAGAGGAGAUACAAAGGAUACGCAAUGUCAAUCAUGAAAAAGUACAAGAAGUGAUUACUCAAUUACACGCAGCAUUCUCCCAAUCUCCGCCAAAUGUGGAACAAGCAAAGAACCUAGCUGUACAAUUAAGGUAUUGGAAGGGAUUAGAAAGUGCCGCCAAGGAAAAAGCUCUAUAA